AUGGAUGACAUGUAUGCACGAGUGGACGACUUUUUCCAACAAGUUGGAAUGCAUGAGGUGCCAUGUCCUGGAAGAAAUAAUACAACGUCGAAUAGCAGAGCGGAAGGGAAAUUUGUGGAAUUCUUGAAUUGCUACGCAGUUCCAUUCUGCUUGCACGACACGGAGAAAGCUGUUUGGAGGUGUAUGGCCAGGGAAGACCCGCAAUGCCCCAAACCUGCCUUUGUUCAGCACUUCGACACCUGCGAGAAUACUCUACAGCAAUGCUUGUGUAGUGCAUUCACUGCGGGUAGUGUUCACGUCCGGGUGAUUAUACGCAAGGUUGGCCGGAAAUAUAUCGAGCAAGAUCGAUCGGUGUUUAUAUUCAAGAGACUUAUUGAACCAGUGGCAGAAAUCCCCAUUUCGUUUCAAGAAACCACUCGAUUAAUUGUUCAGCACGGCAAAGCGUCGGAUCUCGGCCCAACGACGGUGAUACAAUCGCAUCGACAGUCAACAGCAAGUCACGACGCCUACGCCCUCGGUGUUCGAAGUGUACCACGAAGUUUUAUUGAUAUGGGCGUUGCGGCUUGGGAAAGCUCAAUCACGCGCUUUAACCAUUUUGUAGAGGAUACAUUGAUUCAGGAACCUCGUGAAUUUCAUUAACAUUGCGGUUUAAUAAAGGUUAGCAUUUAAACCCACUCACUUUCAAAAUAA